UUCACUGCCAAACUCCAUGCGAAGUCUCGAGUCCACACAGAGAACAACACCCAUACUCUCGACAAGAUGACCUUGAGGUAUUCGGCCUUGAUCGUGGCAGCCAUUGCCGCACUUGUCACCCCUGGCAUGGGCUCACCCGCUUGCCCUGCCACGUCCUCCAACACCAAGCAAACAUCAUCAACUUCGGGCCUGCCGGCGUCAUGCACCUACCGGCCAACGGCGACAUGGUUCGCCACCACGGGGUGUGACAUACCCUGCCCGACAUCGCCGCUAUGCAUCGCCGAUCAUUUCGUCGUGCUGCCAUGCGGAUGCUCCAGCGCCGCCGUCAGCCCAACCACGGUCACCAUCUGCCCGACGAGGUCGCCGUGCUACCAGUGCUCGACUGGCUGGGGAAUCGCCACCAUCACCGACUCGAAAUGCCCGCCGAGUCCUACUGCGACCAAGACAGCCUAGAGCUCGUUACGGGACCGGGGUUGGGCCGCCAAGGUUGAGACGGGGCUAAUGGGAGGUGAGUGUUUUGGAGAUGCCUUGAUCAGACGUCUCUGGCACUGGACCUUUUGCAGUUGGAGCCAUGUAUCCUCGUCUUGUCCGGGAAUAGGUGGAUUUGAUUCCAUGGAGGCGCUGGGUGGCCGUUGAGCCCGGUUCACGGACUUCUGAGCCCGACACGCUCCGCAUCUGAACCUGCAUUCAGAAUGACCAAGUCGUGAUUGUUGCUCGCAAGUGAAAUUGGCAGUCCUGGCGUCUUCGUUGCGCCGGGUCCCCGCGCAACCUGUAAGAGCUGCCUACCUAAGUUCUCGGAGCCCAUGGUGUCCAAUGCUUUCGCUGCAGUCUACGCCGUCCAACGAGCACCCCGUCGUCCUUUAGUCAUGGUUCGGUGGCUACCGGGUCAACAAACAGUGGAGGUGGUGAGGGUGACUAUCCCAUAAGGCCCGUGGC